AUGUUGGCCAACGCGCGUACAAAUCUGAUGCACAAUCUCAAGCAACAGCUUGUCCCUGUCCAAAGCGCCGCAGAGUCCAAGAGGGAACCUCUGAUCGGAGACUUGCACGCCACAAUCGAAGCUAAAUACGGGUCAGAAAACGUGCAAUCCGCCACGGAAUACGGAUUCGCAGCCAUGACCUUUGGCUUGAAAAGAGGUACUCAGGCUCUCUUCACACUACUUGGUGCUUCGGUAGCUUCCACUCGCGGAGCAGUGCUGAGUGCCGCUCUAGGCGAGGCAGCCGGCGAUGCUAUCGUCGCGAGUUACAUGGCUGCUCUCAAGAACGAAACAUCUGACCUGACGCCUGAGGUGGAGAAGAACAUCGGCGAGAAGGAUGGCGAGAUCGGCAAGGUUUUAGACCUCUACAACAAACUCCGCAAUCCCUCGGCCUCUGAAGAAGCCUCAAGUCCUGUUGCCGGAUCAUCGGAGGAACAUGUUGCUACACUACCGGAGGAUGGUCAUGUACCUCUGAAAGAUCCACGCCCUACUUUUAAGAGCCGUGGGUAG